UUCAGAGAUGCUAUGGAUGAUUUUAUAUCUGACACAUCCACCUUAAUGCCAUCAUCGCUGGACUGCACCGACUUUGAUUUCUCACUUGGCGAGGAGGUGGCCUUUGGUUGCUGCACCCCGCAGCUGGAGAGCAGCAUGCUGGCACAGAUGCCGCUGGCACAGAUGCCCCUGCAGCACCCACCUUCCCCGGAGCCAUGCUGGAGGGACCUGGCAGACCAGGGCCAGAAAGCACUGGGAGAUGCCCUUGAGGUUAACAGCCAGCUGCAGGAGACCCUCACGCAGAGGCAGGAAGAACUGGCGGCACUGCAGGAGAGCAACGUGCAGCUGAAGGAGCUGGCAAGCCAGGCCAGGCAGUUGGCUGCCGUCCUCGAUACGCUGAUGCAACCGCAUCGCACAGACGGGGCGGCCCUUCUUCCUCCUCCGCCUCUUCAUGCUCCUCCUCCUCCCGUCGCCGCGCCCCGUGUGGGUGCCGGUGAGCCGGAGCCGCGGGAGGAGGCGGCGGCGGUGGACGCCAUGCUGCGGGCCGUGUCGGAGAAGUGCCGCGCCGCCCUGCGGACCCUGGGGGGCAGCCCGGGGAGCAGCCCGGGGAGCAGCCCGGGGAGCAGCCCCACGGCCAAGCGGGCGCGGCCGGCUCCCCGCCUGCACGGCUCCUUCCGCGGUCUGCUCACCUCCCACGCCGCACUGCGCCCGGACUGCGGGGAGCUGGAGGGCGGUGGCGAGCUGCAGGGCGGUGGCAGCCUGCGGGCGUCGCUGGGCGAGGCGGGCGGCAUCCGCACCCUGGCCUUCCCGCAGGGCAGCGCCUUCACCUUUCGCACAGAAGCCGGCGGGUACCGCUUCCGCUGGGUGCCUCGCUGA